UUGGAUUUACUCAUACCUCAAGUCCAAACCCCCCUCUCUGACACGCGCAAUGGAAUCGGAAGCGUUCGAGGACAUCCAGAAGGGUGGUGGAGCCCUCCGCACUAUCAAAGAUUUGGGUGCCGGCGCGGCUGGUGGAAUUGCCCAGGUGUUGCUUGGACAACCGUUCGAUAUUAUCAAGGUCCGCCUGCAGACGACCACGCAGUACUCAAGCGCCCUGGACUGCGCCACCAAGAUUUUCAAGAAUGAGGGCCCCUUUGCUUUCUACAAAGGUACUCUGACGCCCUUGAUCGGUAUCGGUGCCUGCGUGAGUGUGCAAUUCGGCGCGUUCCACGAGACACGCCGCCGCUUGGAAGAGCUUAACAAGAAGAAAUACGCGGAUCCGAGCCUCUCGUAUGCGCAGUACUUCCUUGCCGGUGCCACCGCCGGUAUCACGAACAGUGUGCUCUCGGGCCCGAUCGAGCACGUGCGUAUCCGCCUGCAGACCCAGCCGCACGGCGCAAACCGGCUGUACACCGGGCCCCUGGACUGCAUCCGCAAAUUGUCAGCCCACGAGGGCGUGAUGCGGGGCCUCUUCCGCGGCCAAGCGGUGACUUACUUGCGUGAGGCGCAGGCGUACGGCAUGUGGUUCCUGACGUUCGAGUAUCUGAUGAACCAGGAUGCCAAGCGCAACAACGUCAAGCGCGAGGACAUCUCCAGUCUCAAGGUUGCGACAUACGGUGGUAUUGCGGGUGAGGCGCUCUGGCUGAGCAGCUAUCCGUUUGACGUGGUAAAGAGCAAGAUGCAGUGCGAUGGCUUCGGCGACCAGAAGCAGUACAAGACCAUGCGCGACUGCUUCAAGAAGACCUAUGCCGCGGAGGGUCUGGGCGGUUUCUGGAAGGGGCUUGGGCCCACUCUACUGAGGGCCAUGCCCGUGUCCGCGGGUACCUUCUUUGUUGUCGAAAUGGCGAUGAGAGCUCUGGGUUAAGAUGAACAUCUAACCUCAUCGUCCUCGUGUUGUGCCAUCCCCUUUUAGAGUUCUUGAUAUCCAUGUCUCGUUUAAUUCAACAGAACGAAGGCAAAAGUUAUUAGAUUUUUUUUUUUUUUUUUUUU